CACAGUCAGGUGCUAAGUUGGCAAAAGGGAGGGUCCCCAGCCCCCAGGGGAGGGUCUGGCCCCAGGAGGUGCUGGGGGCUGCCGAAGGGAGGGGUUGGCCCUAGGGACUUGCUCAGAGGAGGUGAAGGAGCAGAGGGCUGCAGGCCUAAGGGCGGUCCCUGGUGGGGGAAGGGAAUGGAGCUGGGAUGCGGAGAUGAGCCCCCAGGGACUACUCCCUCCUGGGCAGGGUCUGGGGCUUGGGGUGGUGGGAAAGGGAAGUUUGGUGGCAGAGAGGAAGACUCUGGGUCCCUGCAGCUGGAAGGCUUGGGAUCCUGCCAGAGGCUGAGCAGGGUCCAGAUGGAGAGGAGAGCAGCUGCCCUUCAGGCCGACACAUGAAAGGCGGGACUCCGCUUUCCAGAACUACCUUAGGCCUCUGACAGGCCUUGGGGCUGCCCUCCAUGGCUCCCACCCCUGCAGGUGUGCUACUCUGCUGCUCAGGUCUUUGGCAGCUGCUGUCACCUGGAGGAGAAGCUGCCUGGGCUGGCUGGGCAGCGGCAGGGGUGCCACUUAGCUGUCUCCUCUGGUGUCUGGGCUGCAGGUGUCUGCCCGUUUGUUGCAGGGAUUCACCUCCGGUCCCUCUGGCCUCUGCAAAGCCAGAGCCAAUGGGGGCGGGGGUGGGGAUGCACUUGGUGCCCACGAUGGCCCAGAUCCCCACCUCCCUUCAGUCUCCAAGGCUGCAUUGUCACACCUGUGCCCCAUGGACCCCAGCAGUGGGUCCCUCCCACCCUCAGCACAGCUGCCCUUAGAGGCGCCCCUGGGGCCCUGCACCUAGCGCCGCCCCUGCAAGCCUCCUGCCAGCGUCCCACCCGGGCCCUGUUCUCAAGGCCAUCUAGAAACUCCCCAUGUCCCCUCUUCAGGCAGCAUAGAACCCGUCAUCCGGCAUCUGGGGGAGGUGCAGGUUCUGAGCCUUUCACGUGAUGCCAUCUCGCCGCAGCCUGUGUCUGCGCGAGGAGCCGUGUGCAGAGGGGGCCUCUUGCUCAGCUCCCAGGGAGCAUGUGCUGGAGCAGGAGCGGCCCCCAGCACCUCUGGCGAGGUCUGGCCCCUUGGAGGGGGCUGUCAGGUGCAGACAAAUGUGAGCGGGUGCUCAGGAACCCUGAAGCCGGCUGAGCCAUGGCGCCACCACUGGAGCCCCUGGAGAGGGCUUGGUUUUGGGAGACUCAGAGUCGUCUGUGAAAACGCCCCUGGAGAGCCCCCUGGCAGGAAGGGGCUUGGGGGCCUGGGCCAGGUGGGCGGCCGGGCGGCCGGGCUGCAGCUAUGGACCGUGAGCUGGCCCGGCCCGCGUCCUUGCUGAGCCUGCCGGUCUGUGGCCAUGCCCACCAUGGGCUCCUGGAUAUACAUCAUGGUAGAGCUGGCCAUUGCUGUGCUGGCCAUCCUGGGCAACGUGCUGGUGUGCUGGGCCGUGUGGAUCAACAGCAACCUGCAGAACGUCACCAACUACUUCGUGGUGUCGCUGGCGGUGGCCGACAUCGCAGUGGGCGUGCUCGCCAUCCCCUUCGCCAUCACUAUCAGCACCGGUUUCUGCGCGGCCUGCCACGGCUGCCUGUUCAUCGCCUGCUUUGUCCUGGUCCUCACACAGAGCUCCAUCUUCAGCCUCCUGGCCAUCGCCAUUGACCGCUACAUCGCCAUCCGCAUCCCACUGCGGUACAAUGGCUUGGUGACUGGCACAAGGGCCAAAGGCAUCAUUGCCAUCUGCUGGGUGCUGUCAUUUGCCAUCGGCCUGACUCCCAUGCUGGGCUGGAACAACUGCGGUCAGCCGAAGGAGGGCAAAAACCACUCGCAGGGCUGCGGGGACGGCCAAGUGGCCUGUCUCUUCGAGGACGUGGUGCCCAUGAACUACAUGGUAUAUUACAACUUUUUUGCUUGUGUACUGGUGCCCCUGCUGCUCAUGCUGGGUGUCUACUUGCGGAUCUUCCUGGCAGCCCGGCGACAGCUGAAGCAGAUGGAGAGCCAGCCGCUGCCCGGGGAGCGCACUCGGUCCACGCUGCAGAAGGAGGUCCACGCGGCCAAGUCGCUGGCCAUCAUCGUGGGGCUCUUCGCCCUCUGCUGGCUGCCCCUACACAUCAUCAACUGUUUCACCUUCUUCUGCCCGGAGUGCAGCCACGCCCCUCUCUGGCUCAUGUACCUGGCUAUCAUCCUCUCCCACACCAAUUCCGUUGUGAAUCCCUUCAUCUAUGCCUACCGCAUCCGUGAGUUCCGCCAGACCUUCCGCAAGAUCAUCCGCAGCCACGUCCUGCGGCAGCGAGAACCCUUCAAGGCAGCCGGCACCAGUGCCCGGACCUUGGCAGCUCAUGGCAGUGACGGAGAGCAGGUCAGCCUCCGCCUCAAUGGCCACCCCCCAGGGGUGUGGGCCAAUGGCAGUGCUCCCCAUCCUGAGCGGCGGCCCAAUGGCUACGCCCUGGGACUGGUCAGUGGAGGGAGUGCCCAUGAGUCCCACAGGGACACGGGUCUCUCUGACGUGGAGCUCCUUGGCCACGAGCUCAAGGACGUGUGCCCAGAGUCCCCUGGCCUAGAGGACCCCCUGGCCCAGGAUGGAGCAGGAGUGUCCUGAUGGUCCAUGGAGUUUGCCCCUUCUGAAGUAAAGGAAAUCUUUAUCUUCCUGGUUGGCUGGACCAGCCCCGUUGGGAGAAGAUAAUGGGUGUGCCGGCAGAGCCUGUGGGCGCCGGUUCCCACUUUGGACUGAGAGGAGAGAGCCCCAGGCUGGAGCAGCAUGAGGCCCAGCAACAAGGGCUGGGGUCCAAGGAAGCAGAUGUUUCAUGCUGUGAGCACCUGCACCAGGCCGGGCCACAGCUCCAGCAGCAUCUUGGCUGGGCAGGGCCCAGUCCCCUAUUCCAGAGCAUCUAGAGAUGCCACCUUGUCUCCACAGAGCAGCUGUGGCACAGCAGACUGGCCUGGCCCUGCGGCUGGGGAGUGGCUCCCACAGGCCCUCAGCUGUGCACACGUCACCCUCCCUAGACUCCUGGGGUUCAGGAGCUACUGGGCCCAGAUGUGGUAUUUGACAGUUUUUUUCCAGGAGAAGAUGUAAGUGUGAAGAAAUCCCUUUUAUUUUAUUAUCUUUCCUUCCCUGGCUGCUGGGUCUGUUGCCAGUCCUGCUGCUAACCUGGCACCAGAAUCUCUGCCCAGGGAGUCCCAGGCAGUCCUCUCCUGCUGCCAUGUACUUGUCAGUCCCAGGGCCAUCUCUUGGGGUGACAAAGCUCAAGGACAGAGAGCUGUAACGGAGCAGUGCCAGAACAUGAGCUCAGGCCCCAGGAGAGAGGUCCGGGCUGGCAGGCCAUGAGCAUGUGCGCGGGGAGCUCGGAGCUGCCCAGUUAGAGGCCCUAACUGCCUUUCCUUCUAAAGGGAAUGUGUUUUUCUGAGAUAAAAUAAAAAUGAGCCACAUUGUGUUUUAAGCUUGUCCA